CGAUUACCCUUCUUUCAUCCCACGAGAAGAGAAAACUUCACACUCUGCGUUACCUACUCAUCCAGCCAACAAGAUGCGCUCCUACUCAUGAUAGAGGGAAACACAAAAAUCUUAUAGCACCAUCUCAUAUCUUGUUUUGCGCGCGCGCCAAUUUAUUGUUAGCCGAACAAACCUCAUCAUGUCGACCAUCCGCAUCCGGAAGCAUGUCGCAGCGGUAUUCGUAGGCCUCAAUUUGCUCGCCGCCUACCUCGGCCUCUCGACCAACAAAAUCCCGCAAUAUGGCCACAGCGACAAAGGCCUACAUUUCAUAACCUUCUUCCUCCUCACCGCAACAUUCUACUUCACCCUCGACACCCCGCACCGCCGUCUCGUGCUGCACUUGACCCUCGCGUUCUGCACCGCCGGCCUCUCCAUCGGCUCCGAGAUCCUGCAGGGCGCCCUGCCCAACAAUAACCGCUCUUUCGACCCCUACGACAUCCUCGCGAACGUGGCCGGGAGCGGGAUCGCCGUGUUGCUCUGUUCGCGAUACCACAAGCGGAUGUUGGAACGGAUGCGCCGGAGACGGAGAGAAGGGUUGAGCGAUGGGGAUGAGGAAGGUGGACUGGUGUAUGAGCAUCACUCUCAGGAGACGGGGAUUGUGCCGGCGGCGGAGGCACCGCCUGUGACGGAUGUUACGGAUGAAUUGGAUCAUUGGGACGAGAAUUUGGAGGAUGACGAUGACGGGGAGGACGAGGAGGAGUACGAAGCUGUGGAUGGGAAGAAGGCGAUUAAUGGGAAGAAGUGAAGAAGAAAGGCAGGUUGCUCUUGGGAUGACGCGCGACGAUGACUUGCCAGAUGAGAUGAUGGGUGCUUUGUCGUUGUGAAACUUUAGCGGGCGCGCUCGUGGUGGUAUCCACACUGUAUUGUUAUCGAUUUCUCUAUUUUUACUACGA